AUAAUAUCUAAAAUCACUUUCGUAAACAAAAUAUGAAGACCAGUUUCUAAAACAAUUGACAAACAUAUGAGCAUAUAUAUUAACAAAUAAGUUACAUUUGCAAUCAUGGUGAUCACCAAAUGGCGACCAUUCACCGCUCUCGUAGCGUUGAAUCUAAGCUGGCUGUUCAUCAUCACAGGAUUUUUAAAAGAGGCAUCUACAUUCAAUGUAUUCGAUAGAUUAGCCGUAGAUGAUGCUGCAAAAUUGCCUACGCUUGGAUAUCAACGUUAUGAAUGUGGAACUUGGACACCAUGGAAUCAUUGUGAUCAUACAGGAUAUCAAUUCCGAUGCAAACUAUGCAUAUGUAAGAUUAAUGAACCGCAACCAAUAUCACAUCCACCAACCCAUUUACCACCAACAUUCCAAGAUCAUUGGAUCAUGAUGGCCGAACAAAUACGAUCAGCAAAACAAGGUGAAGUAAAAACCGUAGUAUGGGACCGAAGGCAAUGUGGAGGAAAUACUCCAGGGAGUUAUAAUUUACCCAGUCGUGGGACACCAAUCAAUAGCGUUCCGUUAGGGGAAAGUCAAGAACAAAUGAUGUUGAGCAAUGCACCACAGAGUCCUAAUAGUCCUCCUGGUAAUCCUACUCCUGUAUUCAGUAACGUAAUGAGAUUGGCAGCUGCCCAUGAUUCUCCACAAGUUAUGUUAGCACAAAAUGAACUUACAAGAAUUAUCAACUCAUCGCGUCAAAGAGAUACCGAAAUGAAUGCCAUAGUUGAAAAUUUGCAAAAAAUGUAUCUACAAGCUAGUACCAAUAUGCGGAACGCACGUACCAGAGAUGAAAUGAAUAGGAGUAGAUUGGCGCAAUAUGACGCAGAAUUUGCAUAUAAUAAAGCGGCUAAAGAACUGGGGAGGAAUAGAGUAAAAUGGCAAUUGAUGAUUGAUCAAGCAUCCUGUAAAGUGGAUUUGGCUACCGCAGAGUUUAAAUUAACAAACGCAAAGAAGAUUGCCGAACAGAAGAAUAAUGAAAAAUCAAUUGAAGUAGGAAAAUUACGACUAGCGUCAGUGGCCAAAGAUCGAAAAUUGGGGAUGGCUCGAACACCUCAAGAAAGAGUAGUUGCAUCUAAAGAAAAAUUUUUUGCAACGGAAGGAUACGAUAAAGCAGCUACCAUGUUCGGAGCUCAGAAAAAGCGCUUUGAGCUUGAUAUAGCAAGAAAGAAUGCAAUUGUGGAUUUAGAAGUUGCGAUAUUAUCUUUAAAUAACACGCGAUUAGAAUAUCUUCUAAUUGACCAGCAGACUGUUAUGGAUAUUGAAAUCAAGGAGGAGAAAAUUAAGCAUAAAACUAUUGAGCAAAGAAAGCGAAUGACCGCUGAUAUGCAACGAAGCCUUAUAAAUGAGAUGAAUACACUACAAGCAGAGGUAAAAGAUAUGCAAGCCAAACUACGGUGGAAAAGGUUUAAAGAUGAAGUCCACAUUUCUGUUCUAACGUGGGCUGUUGAAUGGCGUAGGGCUAUUAUGUUACUGGAAAAUAAGCGUUAUAACAAUCUGGUUCGUGAUCAAAGGCUGGUAGCGCCCAUCGAAGAUAAAGAAACCUAUUUGAAAAGGUUGAAAUUUGAAAUUAGUUUAGAACAAUACCCAGCUAUCUUAGCCAGAUUGGAAGGGGACGUCAAAUCCCUUACCGCUGAAAUAGCAACCAUGUACGUUAAAUUAAACAAGGACAGAAUGUUUGCGGAAUAUGAUAUUUCAAAGGCAUUGUCACAUGCUCGAUGGAUUAAGUCAAUUAUGGAUAGAGAAAAGUAUAAGUAUGACCAUUUAUUAGAAUAUGAAACUAUAGUUUCCCAAACUGAUCUAGCUCGCGUAGCUCUUGAUAGGGUAAAAGCCAAUAAACCUAACGAUAAUGAUAGAAAAGGUUUGGAACGAUGGAUUGUAGGUCUGCAUCGUAGCGAAGACGCGUUGAGGCACCGAAUUGAUACACUGGAUAAUAGGCGUAAAUUAGCAUCACAAGGCUACAAAAAUGCAGAAGCUCUCACUUCACUGAAUAAGAUUUACCAUCUGAAAGCAUCGAUGCAAGUGGAAUACGAUAAACGCAAUACAGAAUUGGAUACAGCAAUGAAUGCCGUAAGGCAAGAAAUACAAAAGCUAAAACAUGAUCUUUCCAAUGGAAAUCGACACGAAUCCAAAGAACAAAUUGAAGCUGUGUUGCAAAUAAAAGAAGCGAAGCAACAAAAGUUGAAGCAAAUAUCACAAAUGUUAAAUGAAUUUGAACAAGUUGAUAACCAAUUGUUAAAUGCGCAUGUAUUGUGGCUCGACCGAGUAGUGAAAUUAGAAGCAGAAAAAUAUGUACAACUUGCAGAAACACAAAAAGUCAAAAGCCAUAUUAACAAUUUUAAGGUACAACUCGAACGUCUGAAAGCUUCAGCCCCCAAUGCGGCAAACGCGGCUACUUGGGGUACGUAUAGAAAUCAGGUAGAUCAUCUGGAAGAUGAAAUAAAGAAUAAGCAAAAUGAAUUGAACAGGCUAGAAGCACUAUACGAAAAUACGACAAAACAAAUGACGGAUGCAAUAAAGAAUGCAAAAGAUAUAUAUGAUGAGUUGAAAAACAGGAGAAUUGAAAUGAGUAAUUCUAGAAAAGAUGAGGAAGCCUAUGAAAAAGUACCCCCUCUUUCCAUGGUAACGGAAGAAGUAUCCAUCGAUCCUACUGAUAUUCCGGAAGUUGAAACCCAUGACGUUGGAACUGAUGAAAUUAAAACUGAGGAAGUUGAAGGGGACGACAUGAACAAAGACAAUCAUAACAAUCAAAAUGACUAUACUGCCGAAACAAACGCGAAGAUCACAACAUCAGACCCAAUUGAAGAUACAACGACAACUAAAUAUCACACAGAAAAAAAUAAUGGAACUACACAAAAUAUCAAUGAAAGUAAAACGCCACCAACAGCUGAUGCACCAGUGUCAACAGCAACUAGAGAUUCUUCCAACCAACCUAGUACAACCGAUAUUGAGGAGUCUACCAAUAAUUCGAGACCCCAUCAUGAUCUACCACCAACAGCUCCUUCGGAAGCAGCCAAACCCGAUACUACUGAAAACCGUAAUGGGGCAACCCCAUCUUCAGUAAUCCCAGAAGAGGACACUGACGAUUCAGAGGAGGAAGGAUCAGAUGAUGAAUCCCAUUAUUAUGAAGAGACUGAUACACCAGUGUCAACAGCAACUAGAGGUUCUUCCAACCAACCUAGUACAACCGAUAUUGAGGAGUCUACCAAUAAUUCGAGACCCCAUCAUGAUCUACCACCAACAGCUCCUUCGGAAGCAGCCAAACCCGAUACUACUGAAAACCGUAAUGGGGCAACCCCAUCUUCAGUAAUCCCAGAAGAGGACACUGACGAUUCAGAGGAGGAAGGAUCAGAUGAUGAAUCCCAUUAUUAUGAAGAGACUGAUACACCAGUGUCAACAGCAACUAGAGAUUCUUCCAACCAACCUAGUACAACCGAUAUUGAGGAGUCUACCAAUAAUUCGAGACCCCAUCAUGAUCUACCACCAACAGCUCCUUCGGAAGCAGCCAAACCCGAUACUACUGAAAACCGUAAUGGGGCAACCCCAUCUUCAGUAAUCCCAGAAGAGGACACUGACGAUUCAGAGGAGGAAGGAUCAGAUGAUGAAUCCCAUUAUUAUGAAGAGACUGAUACACCAGUGUCAACAGCAACUAGAGGUUCUUCCAACCAACCUAGUACAACCGAUAUUGAGGAGUCUACCAAUAAUUCGAGACCCCAUCAUGAUCUACCACCAACAGCUCCUUCGGAAGCAGCCAAACCCGAUACUACUGAAAACCGUAAUGGGGCAACCCCAUCUUCAGUAAUCCCAGAAGAGGACACUGACGAUUCAGAGGAGGAAGGAUCAGAUGAUGAAUCCCAUUAUUAUGAAGAGACUGAUACACCAGUGUCAACAGCAACUAGAGAUUCUUCCAACCAACCUAGUACAACCGAUAUUGAGGAGUCUACCAAUAAUUCGAGACCCCAUCAUGAUCUACCACCAACAGCUCCUUCGGAAGCAGCCAAACCCGAUACUACUGAAAACCGUAAUGGGGCAACCCCAUCUUCAGUAAUCCCAGAAGAGGACACUGACGAUUCAGAGGAGGAAGGAUCAGAUGAUGAAUCCCAUUAUUAUGAAGAGACUGAUACACCAGUGUCAGAUGCUGAUUCUUACAAACCUACAAAUGAAACGUUAGCGCCGACGAAAAUUCAUUCUUCUAGGGUUGCCGUUGAUCAUGAUGCCAAUCAAGGUGAUUAUUGUCCUCAUGAAGAUCCAUAUGCUUCUGAUUUUGACUUUGAUGAUUCGGAUGAUACUCCAUUUGACUGUUCUACGUCGGUGGAAGGUAGUUCGAUAAAUCCUUUAAAUGGGCACAUUGGUUCAGCAAACGUAGAUCACGUACCUGAUGCCCACGAAGAAAAUUCAUAUGGGCACGGGAAAUCAGGUUCAGAUGUUAUUACGCCCGAAACAGAAUCUGUAUUAAAUAAAGAUGAAAUGGAAUUAUCGAGUGAUGAUUCUCAGUUAACAUCGGAUCCGACAGACGCCAGUUCAAAUACAAACCAUGAAGAGGAUAACAAUAAGAGUGCAAUCAAUACAUUAGCGAAUAUAAAACCACACGAUGAAAGGCAUGGUAUGUCCCCUUCUGAUACUUCGUUGCCAUAUUAUGACCUGGAUGACGAAAAUGACGAUGAUGAUGAAGAUGUAGAUUACUCAGCAUUGCAUCCACAAUCUGAUGACGAUAACAAAAUAAUCGAGGAUGAAAAUGAUAAAGAGGCAUUCCAUGUUGAACCAAAUACUAAUCUGUCCACAUCUACGAACGGUGUUUCCAAUCUAGGAAAUAAAGCAGUAGCUUCCCAGUUAAGCACGCCUAAAGUGUCUGAUUCCCCAUCUGAAAAGAAUGUUAAUAAGGAUGAGGAUUCGACGAGGCGUAAGGUAUCCACUGGCUUUAAAGUAGCCGGAGGAGUGAUUGGCUUCCUCGUAUUAACUGCUAUAGGUGCAGCAACAUACCUUAAGAAGAAAAAACCAGUUCAUACAGACGAAGAGGUAUCUUUUGAUGCGUACGAUGAUACUGACUUUGAUCGUACAACUCGAGUAGAUACCGUAGUCACCCUUUCUGAUAACGUUUGGGAAUAAUCAAAAUA